UUCCUUGCCAGUGCGGGCGUUCCCUUGGCCAUCUCUCGCCGGCACUGUCACUGGACUCGCUCUCUACGGGAUUGACGUCGUUGUUGCGCAACCGAUAGUGGAAGUAGAAACUGUGGUUUUGAAGCCACUGCUAUUGGUAGGUUCGACCUUUGCCUGCUCCAAUGGCGGCCGUCGAUCAAUUCGGCAACAUGCAUGACGUUGCACUUAAACCCAGUUUGCUUCGCACCCUUCUCCAAGAUCACGUUCCUGAUGAGCAUCGCCCAUUUUCGAACUCCUCCGAGCUUUCGAAGAUUGAGUAUAUGAUCAAAACUCACAGUCUUCUGUCCGAGUCCUUCACCGAAUUCAUGGCCCCAAAACAAGUUGAAAGCUGGAAAUCUGCUGUUGAUUCCUGGGUCGACCGCAUUUUGACCCUCGUUGCGAACAAUAUGCCAGAUAAAUGUUGGGCAGGAAUCUCAUUGCUGGGAAUUACUUGUCAAGAGUGCAGCUCUAGCCGUUUCCUGACAUCCUACUCUGUGUGGUUCCAGAAAUUGCGUCCGUUUUUACUGGACCAGGCUUGCUAAGGAAAACGAUGGGCCGUACCAUGUUGAUGUAUCAAGAAAUAUCCUUUAUAUAUUAUUGAAGGAGACAGGUAUGCUUGGGUGCAAACCAGCUGAAACUUCUAUGUAAUCCAUUUAUAAGUGUAGAUCUAAAGGAAGAAAUUCCCCCUCUAGAUAGACACAAGGAAAUAUUAGAGGCUAGUUGGGAAAUUGAUCUACUCCUCCCUCUCCAAUACUCAAUUUGUCAGAGAAUCAUUCAUUCAUUUCAUUUCCGGAUUUCAGACAAGUGUCCAUUGAUUUUAAUACAGUGUGAUAUUUCUGGUUGAUGCAUUUUAUAAUCACUAAUAAGCUGAGCUGAUUCUUGCCUUAAGAUGGUCUAGAGUUAAAGUUGUCUCCUUUCCUACAAUGAGAAAUUCCAUGCUUAUAUAGUAUGUGCUGUGUGAAUAGGAUUGAAAAUGUCAACAUAAUUUAUCUGAUCCGAUGCUUUUUUCUGUUUUCAUCUAGCAUUAGGAUGUUAGCUGUUUCAUCUUUUAGUUUACGCAUGUGUAUAAGCCCAAACACCGCUUGCUUCCAUGCAUUUUUUAAGGUCAAGAUCUAAAUAUUUUAAACAGAUCUUGUGAUUUUUUAUUGUGUGACGUGUGCUGUAUGUUUUUUUAAUUAAAGCAGUCACAAGAAAAUCUCAUUUUGUGAGGGUGGCUUCUUGUGCUUCAAUAUCUGAUAUUUUUGCAAGGCUGAGUGCAUUUCCUGAUAUUAAGAGAGAUUGGUCUUCCUGUGCGGGGAAAGUCAUUCAGCCAGUCUUGGACCUGUUGAAUGAUGACAACUCAGAGGCUAUCUGGGAGGGUGCGCUUCAUUUGUUAUGUACCAUAUUAACUUCUUUCCAUUUUCUAUUCAACGUCACUAUGACAGUGUUGAAUCUGCCAUUGCUUCAAAACUUUUCUCAGGAGGAUGUAGUCAUAAUAUGUUGAAGAAACUUGCUUAUUGCCUAGCAUUACUUCCCAAAGUGAGAGGAGACGCAGAAAGCUGGUCUGUUUUGAUGCAGAAAAUUGUGGUGGUAAUAAAUGGUCAAAUAAACAAUGCCUUUCAAGGUCUAGAAGAAGGUUGAUGCUAAUUUUAUCUAUUUUGUGGGUACCAAUAUUAAGAGCAGUAGAUGAUCAUCGUCUUGAAUGUGUAGCAGAAACCAAGCAGAAUGAGAUUAUUAGGUUGUUAAGUCUGCCAGGAAAAAAUUCUCCACCACGUUUAGGAUGCUGUGCAUUGGAUGGGAGAAGCUACUAACAAGGCAACAAAGAGGUCUGAACAAUCACUGCUGCCUAUUGUCUCUCCUCUUAUGCUUUGCUGUUGCAAUAUGCUUACAGAUUCAUAUUCUUCUAAGGUUAAUGUACCUGUUCGCCUGUUAUUGGCUCUUGUUGAAAGAGUACUGAUGGUGAAUGGCUCCUUGCUACAAACGUCAUUGCCAUUAAUGACUGCUAGGCAACAAGAGAAUGUUUGUUCAGAACUUCCAGUUUUGCAUUUACAUUGCUUGGAAUUGCUCAUUUCUAUUGCAAAGGGCAUGGGCAGUCAACUAUUGCCACAUGCUGCCUCUAUGGUUCGCAUUAUUACAUUGUACUUCAAGACGUGUGCAUUUCCAGAAUUAAGGAUUAAGGUCUAUUCAAUCACAAGGAUUCUGCUCAUAUCCAUGGGUGUUGGAAUGGCUUUAUGUCUUGCCCAAGAAGUUAUCAACAAUGCGAUUAUUGAUUUGAUUGCCCUUGGGAAUAAGAGUGGGGGCACAUUAAAUGGCUCAAAUUCAAAUGCUUUUACUGGACCUUUGGUACAGCCAAGUCAUAGAAAAAGGAAGUGUAGUAGUACAACUGCCACUCUUUGGAAGCAAAAUGAAGGUUUGAGAGUGGAAGCCCCCAAUAAUACUUUAAUGAAUCCAAUUUCUCUGAGAAUAGCUGCACUCGAGGCUUUAGAGGCUCUUAUCACUGUGGCAGGUUCCUUGAAAUCUGAACAAUGGAGGUCAAAAGUAGAUAAUCUUUUGAUAGUCAUAGCUGUGGACUCUUUUAAGGAAGGGUGGGUCCGUGAGGAAGUGGCUAUGUCACAGAAAACGUUGCCUUCUGCAACUUUUGCUGAUUUGCAGCUAGCUGCACUGCGUGCUCUUUUGGCAUCAUUUCUUUCCAUUUCCCGAGCGCCACCUCCAUAUUUAGCCCAGGGUCUUGAACUUUUCCAUAGGGGAAAGCAACAAAGUGGAACAAAGCUUGCUGAGUUCUGCGCGCAUGCUCUUUUGGCCUUGGACGUGCUCUUACAUCCUAAGGCGGUUUCAUUGGCAGACUACUACGAAAAUCACAAAAAAUCUCUUGAUAAGUCUCACUGUAAGUUCCAAGAUGAUGUAACUGAUGGCCUGAAAAAUAGAACCCCAUUUUCCCCAUUUGGCUUUCAGCCUGAGCAACAUGAUGCUCCUAAAUCCAACGAUGAUCUAUGUGAUGAAUGGCUGGAAAACGAAGAACCUGGCACACCAUUGGCCGGAGACAUAGAACCCAGUGAAGACCCAUCUAAAGUUGUCAAAUAUUAUGAUAACCCAAAAUUGCUUUCUGUGCACCAUUCUUCUGUAACCAGGACGCAGGACAUGAGUGAGCAUGUGCCUGAGGCAACUUGCUCAGGUGUUGAAAUGAGUGUUGUUGGGAAUGAAAUGAACGUUAUGCAAUUUCAGGAAUCCACUUGGUCAAGUUUUUCUGUGGCUGAAGCUACUUGUGGUUCUGUGGCCACUCAAAUCGUGGAUGAGAGGAUUGUUUCAGACAGUUCUAUGACUCAUCAUGCAGGCUUUCAAAUAGAUUCUGGCCAAGGAGCCUCAAUCCAUGGAGGUGUUGAAUUAGCUUCCUUCAGUAAUAGCUUAUUGCUAGCAGCAUAUACUGAUAAGAACAAAGAAUUUGCAUUUGAAUUUGAUAUUGGAGAUGCAGCUGCUGAAGAUUUUUUUUCCUGACGUCGUUGCUUCAAACCCUGAUUCUUGUUCUGAUUGAGUCUGGAUCCAGUGUCUGAUCACCGCAUUUUGUGAUUUACUUUUAUCCAAAGAAGCAUCAGAGAGUAACAGUGCAGUUUAAUGUGAUUUGUUUUAUUAUUAUUAUUAUUAUUAUUAUUAUUUAUUUAUUUAUUUUUUUCCUUAAGGAAUGUACAUGGGCAUUUUAUGUUCUACGUGAGCUAUCCAUAUUUUUUGUUCUGUUU